UUUCAUAGUUUAGUUACGAUUUCGAAAACGAACCGACGCGUCCCGCCGCCGGCGAUACACCGAUCCCUCUAACGAAUCCACUUUCUCACAACCUUCGUCGAAUUCUCGAUCUGUUGUAUUAAUUUGAGAAACUUCAAGUGUUUGUGCAUCGACAUUUGUGUUACGUGCUUUAUUUGGAUUACACUUACCUGUUACUUUCGGUAGAAGGUAUCACCCCCCAACGCAGCAUAACUCCAGCCGCGGUGAUGACCCACAGCUAGCAUUAUGGGGGUGACCGACGACUUAGCCCCUAGCUUCACACAGAAGCCGCAGCUGCGCCAGGAGGACGAUGGCAACAAGCUCGUCUUCGAGUGCCAGCUGCUGGCCGCUCCGAAGCCAGAGAUCUGCUGGUAUCGCAGCGAUGAACUGCUCAAGGAAGACAAUAGGACUAAGUUCAAGAUCCAGAGCAUCGCCAAUAACAAAUUUCUGGUGGUGCUCGAGCUGGAUGACGUGAUCGAGACGGAUGCGGGGCUCUACAAAGUCAAGGCUAAAAACAAGAUGGGCGAGGUGGCCGCCUCCAUUAACCUUAACUUUAGCCCCGCUGACGAAGAAAAACAGAAACAAGUGGACGGUAAAGCGCCUACAUUCGCGCGCAAGCCGGCCAUCAGGCAGGAAGACGAUGGCAAGCGGCUUAUAUUCGAGUGCCGCAUCGAGGCUGAACCGGUCCCUAGCGUCUCCUGGUUCCACAACACUGUGGAAGUGAAACCCGGUCCCAGGCAUAAGUUAACAGUGAAUAAAGACGGAAAAUCAUACUAUGCCUCAUUGGAGAUCAACAAUGUUACCGUGGAGGAUGCUGGAAAAUAUCGAGUUACAGCCAAGAACGAACUCGGCGAAAGUAACGCCACAAUCAGCUUAAACUUCGACAGUGGGGAUGACGAGAACGGUUUCGCACCAUCAUUCGUGGAGAAACCCCGAAUCAUUCCCAAUGAAGAUGGCACACUCAUUACGAUGCGGUGUGUCUGCAAAGCCAAGCCGGCGGCUGAAGUUACGUGGUACAGAGGCACAACGAUCAUCAAGGCUAGCAGUAAAAUUGAAAUCAAAUCAAAUGAAAUGGGAGAAGAUAUUUACGAAUUGGUACUACUUUUGUCAAACCCGACAGCAGCGGAUGGUGGCUCUUACCGCUGUCAUGUCAAGAAUGAAUAUGGUGAAAGUAAUGCUAAUUUGAAUCUUAAUAUUGAGGCUGAACCCGAACCAGAAGGAGAAGGACCGACAUUUGUUGAAAAGCCUACAAUUCAGUCCAAAGAUAAUGGUAAAUUAGUAAUAAUGGGAUGUAAAGUUAAAGCUAGUCCGAAACCGACGAUCGUGUGGUACCACGAAGGCAAAGAAAUCAGGGACUCGUCAAAAAUCAAAACCAGGGUCGAGAUUAAGGAAGAUAUUUACACAAUCGUACUAGAACUCAUCGAUCCCGGUAUCGAAGACUCCGGAUUGUAUAAAUGCAAUAUUAAAAAUGAACUUGGUGAACUUAACGCAAAUCUUACGCUCAAUAUUGAAAUCAUUCCAGUUAUCAAAGAAAAGCCAAAGAUCAUUAAGAUAGUUAAAAAGAAGACUGUUAUUGUUGAAUGUAAAGUAUUAAGUAAAUUUGCACCAUCGUGCACAUGGUUCAAAGAAGCAUCCGCUGUCAAGGAGGACUCUAGGCAUACUGUUCUCAUCGAGCCUCUGAGAGAGGGUGAAUUUACCGUAAAAUUAGAGAUUUCAAAUGUUUCCCAACAUGACAAAGGCUCAUAUAAACUCGUCGCCAAGAACGAAAAGGGUGAGGCUACGUCUCAACAAGUUGAAAUUACAGACAUACCAGAAGAAAAAGGCGAUAAACCCCAGAUUAUAAAGCAUUUCAGAAGUCUAGCAAAGAAAGAAAACGAAGAAGCAGAAUUCGUUGCAGUUCUCAAAACAUCGGACCAGUCGUGUAGAUGCACUUGGUAUAAAAACUCGACUGUCAUACGCGAUUCAUCUGAGGUGAAUACGUCAUUUGAUGGCACCAAUGCUCGUAUUAUCAUCAGAAAAGUAUCAGCCAAAUACGUUGCUAACUACAGAGUGGUCAUCAAAAACGAAUUUGGUGAAGAUGAAUCAAGCGCCGAUUUGACAUUAGUGGAAGAAAAGAAAAAGAAAAAAGAGGAAGAGGAGGAGGAAGAAAAGACUCUUAUUGAGGAAUCCGAGGAAGAAAUGUCCAUUGUAGAAGAAAAAUCUGUUAUUGAAGAAAACCACAUUGAAGAAAAGAAAAAGGAGGAAGAAAAGAAACUGGCUGCCAAAAAAAUAUCGAAAAAGGAAGAAGUUAAGAUCGAAGAACAGAAAAAUGAGAUUGAAAUUGAAGCAAAGAAGACUGAAGCUAAGGUAGAAGCUAAAAAGGUCGUUAAAAAAGAAGAAAUCAAGAAGGCGGAACAAGAAAUUGAAGAAACUAAAAAAGUACUUGAAAAGAAAACCGCCAAAACUGAAGAAGAAAAGAAAGCACUUCUAGAAAAAUUUGAGAAAAAGAAAACUGAACCAGAAGAAGCUAAAGUUGAAGGCAUUCCAAAACUCAAACCGGUCAAGCCUAAAGAACAACCGGCUGAAGAAAAGAAAGAAGCUAAGAAGACUGAAAAAACAGAAGAGAAAAAGAAAGUCGUUAAAAAGAAGGUCGUAUCAAAGAAAGACGAGGUCGUCGACGAGGAAUUUAUCGAUGAUUACGAGAGGCCUGUUCUCGAAAAAUACGAGAAAAUCACACCGACACCCACUGAGAAAAGGAAAAAGGAUGAUAGUAAACCUGACGAAGAUGUACCUUCGGCCACAGCUACGGCUAAACGUCGAUCUAUCAAAGACAAAGACAAACCAGAGCCCAUGGACGUCGACGAAAAUGUUAGUCUGUCUAAACCAAAGGCUCCAGUCAAACCAGGACAAGAACCUGAAGAUGUUUCACUUACACACAAAACACCGGCUGAAAUUAAACCAACGGAAGGUGAAGCUGAAGCAAAACUCAAUAUCAAAAAGCCCGAAAUUGUCGAGGAAAAAACUCUUAAAAGGCCUACGCCAAAAGACAAAAAUAAGGAUGUGGACACUGAGGAGGCUGUCAACCUUACUAAGCCACGCACUAAGACCAGCACUACUGCUCCCGAAGAAGCAUCCCUCACACAAAAGACACCUGCCAAGAAAAAACCAACGGCCCCUCUGAUGGUACAAGGUGGCAAAUUUGAAAAGCCACAACUCAAGAAAACUGUUGUUAAGAAGCCAACAAAUCAGCCCAAUAAAGCUGUCCCUGGAACUAAAUAUAACAUUGAUGGGCUGGAACUUGACUUUGUCGAUGAUUAUGAAAGGCCAGUACUUGAAAAAUAUGAAAAGAUCUCACCAACACCCACAACUAGAGACAAGAAAGAAAAGGAACAAACAAAGGUCACGAUGAUGGCUCAACAACAGCAACGAUUAGAAGUGAAGACUGAAAGCAGAAGGACGUCUAUUCAGAGUGAGGUCAAAGAAGAAGUCCGAUCCCAAAGUCGAAAGAGUUCGAUAAUAGAAAAUCAAGCCGUGAAGCUCACAAAAGAGACGGCUGAGAGUAGAAAAUCAUCUAUCUCAUCAAUCGCCGAACAACAGCAAAUUGGAACUCUUAAGAAGUCUGCUCAAAAGACCACCAUAAAGGAACCAGAAGCAAGUGAAAUAAACCAAGUAAAAUUGAAGGAUGACACUGUAAAGACAAUAGAAGACAAGGUAAAACAAGAAUCUGUCGAUAAGCCUUCAGAAAAAUCAUAUCCAUGGCGACCUACGCAAACAGAUACACAGGGAUCUACGCAAAAUGUUGAACCAAAACGUAAACCUAGUAUUGAAAAAACAGAAGAGUUGACUAGACGUCGUCUAAGUAAAACUGAGGAUAUAAUAGAAGUUGUUGAAACUAAAACUAAAGAAACAACUGAAAUUAAAAAGAAAACUCCUAAAGAUAAACCAAGUGAAACGAAGCCACCUGGAAUAUCAAAUGAGGAGGAAGAAGAUGAAAGCGAUGUAUCAAUGCAAGAAACUAAGGAACCGGAGGAGCCUCGACCAACAUUGACACCUGCUCAGUCUCCAUUCUGUCCAUGGAAAAAAAAACCAUACGCGGAGGACUUCCAAUUUGAAGAUGAUGAACCAUCAGAAACUACAAAAGGAGAAACACAAACUGUGCAGGUACCAGCAAUAUCAACACCAAAAUCACAAGAGACACAAAAUGAGAUACCAUUUUCGUGGCAAGUUAUUCCAGAAAUACCUCAGGCUGAACAAACACCAGAGUUAGAAGAUAAAUAUAAACCAACACUGUUAGAACCAAUCAACAAUUUGCCACGAAGAAGACCAUGGUCUCCUCAGGCUGAAACGACAGAAGAAAAAGACGGGCCUAAAGCAAGCACACUAGAAAUUCCACAAUCCGCUUUUACCAGCAGACCUGAAGAGAAAGUGGCAGUUAAAGAAGAAAAAGUGGAGGAAGAAGUCAAGAAGGCUAAAGUAACAUCUGUGAAAAAGAAGGCCGAAGAUCUCCCUGAGAUUGCAGACUACGAAAGGCCUGAGCUUGAAAAAUAUGAAAAGAUAUCACCCACACCAACCACUAGGGAGAAACCAGAAAAAGAUAAGCCAAUUCCCAAGGUACCUGAAAUCAAGGCACCAGAGGAGAAACCGGCUGCACCGAAGAUUGAAGUUAUUCGUGAAAAAUCUCCGAAACCAGAAGCACCAAGGAAACCUUCAUUGGGUCCUGGUCCUCCUGCUGCUAGACGUGGUUCUCUCAUUCCUCCGCCUGAGGAAAUGGGAAGACGACCAUCUCUUAUCAUCAGUGACGAGGAGAAUAGAAAACUAAGACCUGGUGAGGUGAUCGAAGAGAAGAAGCGACGAAAGUCUGGCGACGCUAGAAGACCAUCGGUCCAGGAUUUGGAAGAUCUAAUUAACAAACCUUCAGUGCCCUUGAAGCCUAUCGGCAAUGAGGGCCCUCCAGUUAUUGUGGACGCUCCUGAGAGCAAUUCUGCUGUUGAGGACCAAACUGGCUACCUCACCGUUCAAGUCGAAGGUAAUCCGGCGCCGACAUUCAAAUUUUACAAGGGCGUUACUGAAAUUAUCGAAGGAGGCCGUUUCAAGUACAUCACUGAUGGUGAACAAGGCCUUAUAACGCUCUGCAUGAGGAAAAUCAAACCCAAUGAUGAGGGCAAAUAUAAAGUUGUGGUCAGCAAUAUACAUGGAGAAGAUUCAGCUGAAAUGCAGCUUUACGUUUCUGAUUCAAGUGGCAUGGACUUCCGUGCUAUGCUCAAGAAACGAAAAUACGCUAAAUGGGGCGAAAAGAAGGAAGAUCCCGACUGGGGAGAUCUUAAAGAAACCGAGAAACCUAUUCCACCUCUUAAGAAAGUCGAAAAGAAACAAGAGUCAUUCCUGAAGCCCCUCGUAGAUCAAUUCGCGAAAGAAGGCAAAGAUAAGAAGGUGACAUUUGAAGCCAUCUUCACUAAGCCUAAUUCGAAGCCGAAAUGGUUCUUCCGCAAGGACGAGCUAUUCCCAGGCUCAAAAUACAAAAUGACAAACGAACAAGAUUCAUACAAAUUGAUUAUUAUGAACCCGAAAGUAGAAGACACGGGUAAAAUCACAAUCGAAAUCGGCGGAAUCACUUGCACUGCUUUCUUGCAAGUCGAUGAACCUGAUCCUACUUAUACCUUCACAAAAGCACUAAAGAAGACUACAAGUGGCUACACGCUACAUGAAGUAGUUUUAGAAUGCGCCGUCUCAAACAGUCUCGCCAUCGUUUCCUGGUGGAAAGGAGACCAGAAAUUGGAAGACGGUGAUUAUUACCAGAUAUCAAAAGAUUUAUCUGGAGUAUGUAAGCUAGUACUAAAGAGCGCUAAGUUCGAGGAUGCUGGUAAAUAUACAUGUAGAAUAGAGAAGCAGCCUGACAAAACUGAAACUGAAGUCAAGAUUGUGGAAUAUCCAUACAAAUUCACGAAGGUACUUAAAUCACAACAAGCAAUCGAAAAAGAUACCAUUACAUUACUUUGUGAACUUGACGAUGCCUCUGGUGAAGUACAAUGGUUCAAGAACGAUGAACCUUUGAAGACUGACAAGCGCGUAACAAUCGUAAAAGAUGGACGCAAGCGAAAGGUGGUGAUCAAGGAUGCUAAAGUGACUGAUGCAGGAAACUUUAAAUGCGUCAGCAACGCCGAUGAAACUACUUGCGAAUUGAUCGUCAAUUACUCGAAUCGCUUCAAUAAGAAGUUGAAGGACACCGAAGCAAUUGAGAGGGAUAAGGUUGUAUUGGAGGUGGAACUCCAGGAUCAGACUGCUGAAGCUGUCUGGUCUUUCAAUGGACAACCUAUCGUACCCAAUGAAAGGAUUGAAAUUAAAAACCUGGGCGGCGGCAAACAUCAACUUAUCUUCAAUAAAUUGGAAAUGGAAGAUGAUGGUGAGAUCCUUUGUGAAUCUGGCAAGCUGAGCUCAUCAUGUAAGCUCACUGUCAAAAAAGGAGAAUCAAAACCAGCGAUCGAGUGUCCGGAUGAAUUCAAUGGACCAGCUGGACAGCCAUUUGUCAUUGAGGUGCCUUAUAAAGUCACUGGCACCCGUCAAACACCAAUCGAGGCUAAAUUAUGGAAAGAUGGAAAAGCAUUGCCUGUUAAAGAAGUUGAAGCUGUCGUCGAACAAGAGAAAGUUCUAUUUAAAAUUAAGAAACCGACCAGAGAAGGUUCUGGAAAAUAUCAAAUUAAACUUUCUAAUGCCCAGGGUGAAGAUGCUAAAAAUGUUACCAUUAACAUGCAGAGCGUGCCUACGCCCCCACAAGAUGUGGAAGUUUCGGAGAUUUUCCAGACAUCUUGUGUCGUCAGUUGGAAGGCGCCACAAGAUGAUGGUGGUUCUCCCAUUGUCAAAUAUGUUAUUGAAAGACAGGAUCUUUCGCUUAAGGCUGGUUGGGACAACGUGGCUGAAGUACCACUUGGUCAACCAACUAAAUUUAAAGUUGAAGAUCUUAUUGCAAAGAAAACGUACAAAUUCAGGAUUCGUGCAGUUAACAAAAUUGGUUCCAGUGAACCUGGACUCUUUGCUAAGCCUGUAUUGGCUAAAGAUCCAUGGGAUGAACCAUCCAAGCCAAAGAACGUUGAGCUUGCAGAUUGGGACAAAGACCACGCUGAUCUCAAAUGGCAAAAGCCGGACAAUGAUGGUGGUGCACCAAUUACCGGUUACGUUAUUGAAUACAAGGAGAAAUUCGGCAAAGACUGGGUAACUGGCAAGGAAGUGCCCGGGGAUUGUUUAGCUGCGACUCAAGAUGGCCUUAAGGAAGGUUGCACUUACGAGUUUAGGGUUCGAGCUAUCAAUAAAGCCGGCCCUGGUGAACCCAGUGAUAGCACUAAGCCUAUUGUUGCUAAAUGCAGAUUUGUCAAACCAUAUAUUGUUGGUGAGGGUCUCCAGGGUAUGAUUAUCAAGAAGGGUCAGGUGAUCGUUUAUGAUAUCAAAUAUGCUGGUGAACCUGAACCCGAAGUCAGAUGGAUGAAGGGUGAAGAGGAGAUCCACGAUGAUGGCGACCGCAUCACAAUUGACAAGUACGAAAAGAACACAGUCCUGACCGUCAGAAAGACAACCAGGCCUGACAGCGGGAAGUACAAGUUGGUUCUCACUAACUCAUCAGGAACCUGCGAGAGCGUAGGCGAUGUUGUUGUGCUAGACAAACCAAACCGUCCAAAUGGUCCCAUCGAAGUCACAGAUAUCCGUGCCGAGAAGGCUACAAUCAAAUGGAAGAAACCAGACGACUGGCAAGGAUCCGAUAUCACCGGAUACACUCUCGAGAAAAUGGAUAUGGACACUGGCAAUUGGGUGCCGUGUGGUGAAACUGGCCCAGAUCCGACAGAGUUCCAAGUGAAGGGUCUCACUCCGAACCACAAAUACAAGUUCAGGGUCCGCGCUGUGAAUAAAGAGGGCGAAUCCGAACCGCUGGAGACUGAUGGUUUCAUUGUUGCUAAGAACCCAUACGACCCACCAAAGGCGCCCAGCAAGCCUGUGAUCAUUGAUUAUGACAACGUAUCAGUGACGCUAAAAUGGGAGCCCCCUACCGACAACGGUGGAAGACCAAUCCUCGGUUACGUUGUGGAGAAGAAGGAUAAAUUUUCUCCAGAUUGGACAGAGGUGGUAAAAACAGAGGAUACAAAGACCGAAUAUAAAGUCGAAGGCCUCAAAGAGAAGAUGGUGUACCAGUUCCGUGUGAAGGCAUAUAAUAAAGCGGGUGUCGGUGAUGCCUCUGAGCCAACUGACAACCAUCUCUGCAAGCAUAAGAACUUGAAGCCACGUAUCGAGCGCAGCACAUUCAAGUCUGUGAUCAUCAAGGCUGGACGCACUCACAAAUGGUCGGUGGAUGUCAUUGGUGAACCUCCACCAGAGUGCACAUGGUCGUGGCGUGAAGAUAUUAAGCUUGUUAACACGGAGCGUAUCAAGAUCGAGAACAAAGAAUACCACACCGACUUCACGAUAGUGAACGCGGUGCGACGCGACACCGGCAAAUACAAAUUGAGAGCGGAGAAUUGCAACGGUUUCGACGAGGAAACUGUUGAGCUGACUGUACUCAGCAAGCCUAGCUCGCCUAAAGGCCCGCUCGAAGUAUCAGAUAUCCACGCCGAAGGCUGCAAGGUGAGAUGGGAGAAGCCAGAAGACGACGGCGGCUCCCCAGUCAAGGAGUACGAAGUGGAGAAGAUGGACCUCGCCACCGGGAAGUGGGUCCGUGUUGGAAGAGUGGCUGGCGACAAGAAGCCUCUGGAAAUGGAUAUCACCGGCUUGGAGCCCGGUCACCAGUACAAGUUCAGGGUGACGGCCGUCAACGACGAGGGUGACUCCGAGCCGUUGGAGGCUGAACGCGCGAUACUCGCGAAGAAUCCAUUUGACCUCUCGGACAAACCCGGCAAUGUGGAGGUCGCAGACCACGACAAUCAGAGCGCCCAGAUUAAAUGGGACCCGCCCAAGUCCGACGGCGGUGCGCCCAUCCAGAAGUACAUUAUACAGAAGAAGCCCAAGGGCGGAGACUGGGAGAAUGCUGGAGAGGUGCCUGGUACAGCGACAACAGCGAAGGUGGACGGUCUACCUGAGGGUAGCGAGUACCAGUUCCGAGUGAUCGCAGUCAACAAGGCCGGCCAGUCUGAGCCAUCAGACCCCACCAAAUUGACCACCAUCAGACAUAAAGCCCUGAAACCGCGUAUCGACCGCACAAAUUUGAAGGCGUUGGCGGUACGCGCAGGCAAGCCGAUCUUCUUCGACGUCAACGUCAAGGGUGAACCGGCGCCUAAGGUGCAAUGGUUCCAGAAAUGGAAAGCUAAAGAGAAGGAGGUGACAGCGAACGUAAUCAACGUGGACUACAACACGAAGCUGGAUAUCAAGGAGUCCGUUCGUGCAAUGACCGGCACAUACCGUAUCCUGGCAACCAACGAGCAUGGCAAGGACGAGGCCGAGGUGGAGAUCACCGUGUUAUCCUCGCCAAGCAAGCCUGGCGGUCCGCUCAAGGUCGCGGACGUCACCAAGUCUGGCUGCAAAGUAUCGUGGAAGAAGCCAGAAGACGAUGGUGGCAAACCGAUUACAGGAUACGUAGUGGAGAAAUUGAACAAGGCAACAGGUCGAUGGGUGCCGGUCGGCAAGACCGACGACACCGAGAUGGAGAUCAAAGGAUUGCAAGAGGGAGAAGAGUAUGAGUUCAGGGUUAAGGCUGUCAACGAGGAGGGCGAGUCUGAACCGCUGAAGACUGACCACUCCAUCAUUGCCAAGAAUCCUUAUGAUAUCCCCGGAAAACCGUCUGUCCCCACAAUCGAGGACUGGGACGUGGACCGAGUGGAUUUGAAAUGGGAGGCGCCCAAGAACACCGGUGGCGCACCCAUCACCGGCUACAUUAUCGAGAAAAAAGAGAAAUUCGGACAGUGGCAAGAGGCGCUUACUACAAAUACGCCAGAAUGCAAAGCUCGCGUGCCUGAUCUGAAGGAGGGCAACACUUACCAGUUCCGCGUGCGCGCCGUCAACAAGGCCGGCCCCGGCGAGCCUGGCGAUGCGACGCAGCCGCACGUGGCUAAGGCUCGAUUCUUGAAACCACAUAUCAACCGCGACAAAAUGGUUGCCAUUCGUAUACGAGCUGGUACUACUAUCAGAUUAGACGUUGAUAUCAAGGGUGAACCUCCACCAACCAAGACUUGGACCUUCGCCAAUAAGGUCCUGGAAACGGGACCAGGCGUGAAACUGGAGAACGAGGACUACAACACUCGCCUCCAGAUCUUCGACACCACCUGGAAGAACUCUGGCAUCUACACGCUCAAAGCGGAGAACGAGUCUGGAGUCGACGAAGCCACUGUUGAAGUCACAGUACUCGACAAACCUGGCAAGCCUGAAGGACCAUUGGAAGUAUCCGAUGUCCACGCAGACCACGCGAAGCUGAAGUGGAACAAGCCCAAGCACACUGGAGGUCUACCUCUCAGUGCCUAUGUAGUUGAGAAGAUGGACACCUUGACUGGCAAGUGGACGCCAGCCGGUACUAUUGAUCCGGAUACCACGGAAGCUACUGUCACCGGACUGGAACAAGGCCACACAUACCAGUUCCGCGUCAAGGCACUCAACGAAGAAGGCGAAUCAGAACCCUUGGAGACUGACCACGGAACACUCGCCAAGAAUCCGUACGAUGUACCUGCGGCGCCUGGUCUACCCGACAUAGUAGAUUGGGACGAGAAAUCGGCUAAACUUAAAUGGGAGCCGCCUAUUAGGGAUAAUGGCGCCCCUAUUACUGGAUACAUCAUUGAGGUUAUGGACAGAGAUAGAGGAGAAUUCGUUAAGGCGGCUGAGAUCCAAGGCAACAUCUGCCAAGGUACAGUGCCGAAACUCGAGGAAGGCAACCAGUAUCAGUUCAGAGUGCGGGCCGUGAACAAGGCUGGCCAGUCUGAACCAUCAGAGAACACCAACUGGCAUACAGCUAAACCGAGAUUCUUAAAACCAAGAAUUGAUCGCACAAACCUCAAACCACUCUCAAUCAAAGCUGGACUUCCAAUCUCUCUGGACGUAAAAGUCUUCGGCGAGCCCCCAGCCACCGUCACGUGGUUCUUCAAGGGCGAGGAGCUGAAGAACAGCGAGAACUUGGAGAUCAUCAAUGUGGACUACAACACCAAGUUCCUGAUGACGAAGAGCAAGAGAGCCAACACAGGCACAUACGUGAUCAAGGCCAAGAACGAAGUGGGCGAGGACGAGGCUGAAAUUGAAAUUACCAUACUUGGCAAACCAUCCAAGCCGAAGGGACCAUUGGAAGUGUCAGACGUGACGAAGAACGGUUGCACGCUGGCAUGGAAGAAACCGGAGGACGACGGCGGCUCGCCCGUCGAGUACUACGAAAUUGAGAAAUUGGACCCGCUCACUGGACAAUGGAUCCCGUGCGGCACAGCCAAGGAUUGCAAGGCGAACAUCACCGGCCUUCAAGAGGGCAAACCUUACAAGUUCCGAGUGAAGGCCGUCAACAAGGAAGGCGAGUCGGAAGAGCUCGAAACUGAGAAACCGAUUAUCGCUAAGAAUCCAUUCGACGAGCCCGGCAAGCCCGGUCGUCCAGAGCCCCGCAACUGGGACAAGGACUUCGUGGAGCUGGAAUGGAGCGCGCCGAAAGACGACGGCGGAGCACCCAUCACCGGCUACAUUGUACAGAAGAGAGAGAAAGGUGGAAGAUCAUGGCAAGAUUGCCUGCGCACGUCCGGCGACCGUCCCACCGGCCGCGUGACCGACGUGGAGGAAGGUCGCGAGUACGAGUUCCGGGUGAUGGCAGUCAACAAGGCGGGUCCUGGCGAACCGUCCGACCCGAGCAAAUCCGUCAUCACUAAACCCAGAUUCUUGGCGCCACGCAUCGACCGCAAAAACCUUCAAAAGCGAAAGGUCAAGGUCGGGCAACCGCUUAAAUUCGAAGCCGACGUCAAGGGUGAACCGGAACCGAAGAUCACGUGGACCUUCAAGGAUAAACCACUCAAGGAUGAGGAGAGGUUGAAGAUCGAGAAUAAAGAUUACCACACGUCCUUCGCCCUUCAGAAGGUCACUAGGGCUGACAGUGGCAAAUAUGUGGUGACAGCGAAGAACGACUCUGGAACUGAUAGCGUUGAGAUUGAAGUAGACGUUGUCAGUAAACCAUCUAAGCCUAAGGGACCGCUGAAGGUAUCAGAUGUGAAGGCAGACGGUUGCAAACUGAAAUGGGAUCCACCGGAAGACGACGGAGGUGAGCCCGUCGAGAGCUACGUCGUGGAGCGAAUGGACACAGACUCCGGCAGAUGGGUGCCCGUGUGCACGACCAAGACCCCCGAGGCUGACGUCACAGGCCUCAACGAGGGCAAGGAUUACUUGUUCAGGGUGAAGGCAGUGAACCCGGAGGGCGAGAGCGAGCCUUUAGUCACAGAGACCGCUACUACUGCCAAGAAUCCUUACGGCGAGCCUGAUGCUCCCGGCAAACCCGAGUUCAAAGACUGGAGCAAGGACCACGUUGACCUCAAGUGGGAUAAACCUGUCAACGAUGGUGGCGCCCCCAUCACUGCCUACAUUGUUGAAAAGAAGGACAGGGAUACCGGCAAAUGGGUGAAGGCUGCAGAGGUACCUGGCAAUAAGACAGAGGCGCGCGUACCCGAUCUGAUUGAAGGCAAAACUUACCAGUUCCGCGUGAAGGCGGUCAACAAAGCCGGCCCGGGCAAACCGUCUGCGCCGUCUGAGAACUUGCUUGCGAAAGACAGAUUCGCGCCGCCGAAGAUCGAUCGUACCAAUAUGCGUGAUAUUACUAUCAAAGCGGGACAGAACAUUCGGCUUGACAUCAAGGUCUCCGGUGAACCGCCACCAACUAAGACAUGGUUCCACAACAAAGAGCGUCUGUCCACACGCGACGAUCUCACAGUGGAUACAGAAGACUACCGCACUAAAUUGUCGAUAGUGAUCACAUCCCGGAAACACAGCGGUACAUACGUACUGAAGGCUGAGAACAGCAGCGGAAGGGAUGAGGCCACCAUACAAGUGAUUGUAUUGGACGUGCCUGCUAAACCUGAGGGACCGCUCAAGAUCUCAGAUGUUCACAAAGAAGGUUGCACACUGAAAUGGAACCCACCAUUGGACGAUGGUGGUGCCCCCAUCGAUCAUUAUCUCGUGGAGAAACUCGACACGGAAACAGGAAGAUGGAUGCCAGCCCUUAAGACCAAAGACCCCAAGGCUGAAAUAGAAAACUUAGUCCCUGGACACGAGUACAAGUUCAGGGUUUCCGCUGUCAACAAUGAGGGUGUCUCCGAACCCCUGGAGGCUGAUCACUCGAUCAUUGCCAAGAAUCCAUUCGACGAACCUGGCAAGCCCGGUACACCCGAGGUGGUCGACUGGGACAAGGACCACGUGGACCUCAAGUGGCAGAAGCCGCUGAAGGACGGCGGCGCGCCAAUCACUGGAUACAUCAUCGAGAAGAGGGAAGUCGGAUCACCGAAGUGGGUGAAAGCCUGCGAGGUUGGUCCGAACGACAACGAGAAAGCCACAGUGCCGAACCUCGACGAGGGUGUGGAGUACGAGUUCCGGGUAAAGGCCAUCAACGAGGCCGGCCCGGGAGAGCCCUCGGACGCCAGCAAGUCCGUUGUUUGCAAGCCGAGGAGACUGGCUCCGAAGAUCGACCGCCGCAACCUUCGUACCAUCAAGGUGCACGAGGGCGAGCCGAUCUCACUCGACGUCAAGGUCUCCGGUGAACCUCCACCAGAAGUCACGUGGUCCCUCAACGGGAAGAGCGUCACCAGCGGAAAUGGUCUCAAGCUGGUGGAUGUACCGUAUUUGAGCAAGUAUCAGCACGCGAGCCCGCGUCGCAAGGACUCCGGUACCUACAAGAUACAAGCUACCAACAAGUAUGGUCAGGAUACCGCCGAAUUGGAAAUCAUUGUUACAUCGAAACCAGAGAAGCCCGAAGGUCCACUAGAAGUGUCAGACAUCCACAAGGACGGAUGCAAGCUCAACUGGAAACGGCCGAAGGAUGAUGGCGGCGAGCCCAUCGAGGCGUACCUUGUCGAGAAAUACGACCCCGAAACUGGCAGCUGGAUGCCCGUUGGGAAGACCCUCGGAAAUGUGCCCGAGAUGGAGGUGGACGGGUUGAUCCCCGGACACGAGUACAAGUUCCGAGUGAAGGCAAUCAACAAGGAGGGAGAAUCGGAGCCUCUGGAGACAUUUGGCUCUAUCGUUGCCAAGGAUCCGUUCACGGUACCAGACGCACCAUCAGCACCAGUGCCUGAUGACUGGUCAGCCAACCAUGUGGACCUCAAAUGGGAGCCGCCAAUAUCAGACGGAGGCUCUCCCAUCAUUGGUUAUAUCAUUGAGAAGAAGGACAAGUACAGCCCGUUGUGGGAGAAAGCUGUAGAGACACAUACUCCAACGCCUACUGCUACAGUUAAUGGGUUGAUCGAAGGUAAUGAGUACCAGUUCCGCGUGAUAGCAAUUAACAAAGCGGGACAGAGUAAACCGUCGGAAGCCAGCAAGAACUUCGUGGCGAAGCCGCGGUUCCUCGCCCCCAAAAUCGACAGGAGACACCUCCGAGAUGUCACCAUCUCGGCUGGCUCUACGCUCAAGCUGGAAGCCGCUAUUACUGGCGAACCUGCACCAGCUGUUGAAUGGAGAUACCAGAACAUGCCACUCCGACCAUCCAAAGCAGUCAGCAUCGAUAGUCCGGAUUACUUCACUAAGCUGGUAGUGCGGCCGGUGCGGCGCGACGAUACCGGCGAGUACACCGUCACCGCGGUCAACUCGAGCGGUAGAGACGCCGUCACGAUCAACGUGGUCGUCACCGAUAAACCGAACAAACCUGAGGGACCACUACAGAUCUCAGACGUACACAAAGAUGGUGCGACACUGAAGUGGAAGCGUCCGAAAGACGAUGGUGGAGCACCCAUCGAGUACUACCAGAUUGACAAACUCGACACCGAGACCGGCUGCUGGGUGCCCUGCGCACGGUCUGACGAGCCCAAGUGCGAUGUGACCGGCCUGACUCCGGGCAAGGAGUACAAGUUCCGUGUAUCAGCUGUCAACUCGGAGGGUGAAUCUGAACCCCUUAUCUCGGAGGGAACUAUCGUGGCAAAGAAUCCAUUCGACGAGCCUGGCGCGCCUGGCACGCCGAGCGUGACCGACUGGGAUAAGGACCACGUGGACCUCAAGUGGAGCCCGCCCACCAACGACGGUGGCGCCCCCAUCGAGGGCUACAUCGUCGAGAAGAAGGACAAGUUUGGCAACUGGGAGAAGGCGCUCGAGGUGCCCGCCGACAAGACCACUUGUACGGUACCUGAUCUCAUCGAAGGACAGACUUAUGAGUUCAGAGUACGCGCGGUGAACAAGGCGGGACCGGGCGACCCCAGCGAUAGCACGCAUCCGAUUAUCGCUAAACCCAGAAACCUCGCACCCAAGAUCGACAGGACCAACCUCAUCGACAUCAAGAUCAAGGUCGGACAGAAGUUCGGAUUCGAUGUCAAGGUCACAGGUGAACCAAUGCCCGAGACAAAGUGGUUCCUCGCCAAGAAGGAGGUGAAGUCGGGCGGCGAUAUGAAGGUGCAGCAUUCGGACUACAACACGAAGCUGAACUGCAAGGCGGCGACACGCGCGGACAGCGGCCGCUACACUAUUACCGCGGAGAACAUCAACGGGAAGGACGUGGCCGAGGUGGAGGUGAUCGUGCUCAGCGUGCCCAGCCCGCCUGGAGGACCGCUCAAGGUCUCAGACGUGCACGCGAACGGCGCGAAACUCUCGUGGAACCCGCCAGCGGACGACGGCGGCCAGCCUGUCGAGAAGUACAUAGUAGAACGCAUGGACGAAGCCACCGGCCGCUGGGUGCAGGCCGGCGAAACCGACGGCCCGCAGACCAGCCUCGCCGUCGACGGACUGCAGCCCGGACACAAGUACAAGUUCAGAGUGCGGGCGGUCAACAGACAAGGCAAAUCAGAGCCACUCACAACACCGCACGCGACCGAAGCCAAGAAUCCAUUCGACGUGGCAGGCAAGCCUGGCACUCCCAAGAUCAAGGACUUCGACAAGGACUUUGUGGAACUGGAAUGGACCCGGCCAGAAAGCGAUGGUGGUGCCCCUAUCACGGGAUAUGUUAUCGAAAAGAAGGAUAGAUUCGCACCUGACUGGGAAGAGUGCGCCCAGAUUGAAGGGGAUGUAACAUCUGGAAAAGUACCGGAUCUGAUCGAAGGCAAUACAUACGAGUUUAGAGUCCGCGCCGUAAAUAAGGCCGGUCCUGGAGUACCCAGCGAUGGCACAGCGCCCCACCUGGCACGCCCCAAAAAUCUACCUCCCAAGAUCGACAGGAACUUCAUGUUCGACAUCAAGGUUAAAGCGGGACAAAACUUCGAACUCGAUGUGCCAGUGGCCGGUGAGCCAACCCCGACUAAGGAAUGGCAGCACGGCGAUAACAUUGUUAUCAAUACUGACAGGAUCAAAUUAGUUAAUGACGCUCAUUCCACUAAGUUCCGCGUUAUCGACGCUAAGAGAGCUGAUUCAGGAAAUUACACGCUCAAAGCUAAGAAUAUCAACGGCACUGACACAGCCACAGUUAAAGUACUUGUCCUUGAUGUGCCACUACCACCUGAAGGUCCACUUCGAGCUGAUGAUAUCACCAAGUCCGGCUGCACACUUCGCUGGAGGCCACCCAAAGAUGACGGUGGCAGUGAAAUCACCCACUACGUUGUUGAAAAAAUGGACCAGGAGAACAUGCGCUGGAUACCUGCUGGUGAUGUCCAAGCCUGCAGUAUUAGGAUUGAUCAUCUCAUCGAAGGCCAUGAUUACAACUUCCGUGUUCGCGCAGUCAACAAACAAGGAGAAUCUCAGCCCCUAGUCGGACACGAACCCGUCACCGCUAAAGAUCCUUACGGAACACCGGACAAACCCGGCACUCCAGUUGUCAAAGACUGGGACAAGGAUCAUAUGGAUUUAGAAUGGGUACCGCCGAAAAAGGAUGGUGGUUCUCCAGUUACCGGCUACAUUAUCGAAGCAAAGAAAAAAUACGGACCCUGGGAAGUUGCUGCAACAGUACCAGGAAACCAGACGACAGCCACUGUCCCCGGACUACAAGAGGGAGAGGAGUAUGAAUUCAGAGUUAUCGCAGUUAAUAAGGCAGGAAAUGGUGAGCCGAGCGAUGCCUCUACGCCACAAGUUGCGAAGGCACGCUUCUGUGCGCCGCACUUUGACAAGAUGCUGCUUGCUGACAAGACUGUCAAAGCAGGACAAAGAAUACAAUAUGAGAUACCUAUCGAGGCAUCACCGAAGCCAACUGUUGAAUGGCAAAUUAACGGCAAAGUCGUUCAACCAUCAGACCGUAUCGACAUUCAAAUAUUGCAUAACAGGGUUGUCCUAGACAUUCCAUUCUCCGUUCGUGCUGACGGAGGCGUUUACAAACUGACCCUGAAAAAUGAUCUCGGCGUUUGUUCAGCGAGUGCUCAAGUUACCGUCCUCGAUAAGCCCUCAAGACCAGAGAAGCCUCUCGUGGUCUCUGAUGUCACUAAAGAAUCCUGCUCCCUUUCAUGGAGGAUUCCUCUCGAUGAUGGCGGAUCACCGAUCUUACAUUAUGUUAUCGAAAAGAUGGACUUGUCUCGUGGUACAUGGUCUGAUGCUGGUAUGAGCACAUUCCUAUCCCAUCAAGUAACCAGGUUAAUACAUAUGAAAGAAUAUCUAUUCAGAGUUAGCGCUGUCAAUGCAAUUGGUCAAUCUGAACCGUUAGAAUUAGACCGCGCAAUCGUAGCGAAGAACGAGUUCGAUGAACCGUCACCACCAGGUAAACCUGAAGCUACAGACUGGAGCAAAGAUCACGUGGACUUACAAUGGACUACACCUAAAUCUGAUGGUGGAUCUCCUAUCACUGGCUAUAUCGUACAGAAGAAAGAAAAGGGCAGCCCAUACUGGGUAAAUGCUGUCCAUGUACCACCUAAUAAGAAUAAGGCGACUGUACCAGAUCUAAUUGAAGGUCAAGAUUAUGAAUUCCGUGUAAUAGCUGUUAACCAGGCUGGACAGUCUGAACCUAGUGAACCUUCAGAUAUUAUCACAGCUAAGGACAGAUUUGUGGCGCCAAAGAUCAUUACGCCACUCAAAGAGAUCCGCAUUAAGGCUGGUCUUAUCUUCCACUUGGAUGUUAACUUUAUCGGCGAACCUACUCCCGAAGUUAACUGGACAUGCGAUGGCAAACCCGUUCUUACAAACGAGAGGACGACAGUGACAUCUGUUGGACAUCACACUAUUAUACACACUGUGAACUGCAAACGUUCAGAUGCUGGCAAAUACCAUCUUUCAUUAAAGAACGAUUCUGGCUCUGAUGAGGGCAGCUUUGACCUUAUCGUGUUAGAUGUUCCUGGACCACCACAGCCUCCAUUCACGUACGAAGAAAUUACAGCACAGUCGGUAACGUUAUCAUGGAAACCACCAAAGGAUAAUGGUGGUAGUGAACUGACUGCCUAUGUAAUUGAAAAGAGAGAUCUUACUCAUGGAGGCGGCUGGGUACCAGCUGUAACAUACAUUAACCCGAAAUAUAACCACGCAACUGUGCCCAGGCUUCAAGAAGGUACACAGUACGAGUUUAGAGUGUCCGCUGAGAACUUGCAGGGUCGUUCCGAGCCAUUGGUAACUGACAAACCAGUCAUCGCGAAGAACCAAUACACGGUGCCUGGUAAACCUGGUAAACCAGAACUUGUAUCUGCUGAUAAGGAUCACAUCCAAAUCAAAUGGUCUUCACCCAUCUCUAACGGCGGGUCAAAUAUUAUUGGUUAUGACGUUGAAAGAAGAGAUAAGGCUACUGGCCGGUGGGUUAAAUUGAACAAAGAACCGGUUAGAUUCAAUGAAUACAACGAUGACAGAGUACAGGAUGGACAUCAGUAUGAAUAUAGAGUAUCAGCUGUUAACGCUGCUGGCCCUGGCCAACCAUCAGAUCCAUCGAAUGUAUUCAUCGCAAGACCAAUGAAAGAAAAGCCAAAACUUUCAUUAGACCACCUGAUUGGACGUAAGAUUAAGGUCCGUGCUGGUGAGCCAAUCAACAUUAACAUUCCAAUUACUGGUGCUCCAACGCCUACUGUUACUUGGUCUAAGGGAACAAUACCUCUACCACCGUCCAAUAGGAUUUCAACAGAAACAAAGAUGGAUGAAACCAAAUUUAGCAUCGAGAGGUCUACUAGAGAUGAUGCUGGCAAAUAUACUGUUACUGCCAGUAAUGAGUAUGGCAAAGACUCUGCUGACAUUGAAGUCAUCGUUGUCGAUAAACCUGGUCCACCCAAAGGACCUCUUGUCGGCACUCCAGUUACACAUGAUGCUAUAAGUCUCACUUGGCAUCCACCUACAGAUGAUGGCGGCAGUGAAAUUACUGGAUAUGUUGUGGAAGUAGCAGAAUUUGGUGUCAACGACUGGCGAACAGUUGCUGGUUUUUGUCCGAAAUGCUCAUUUACUGUUAAGAAUUUGACUGAGGGUAAGAAAUACGUAUUUAGAGUACGCGCUGAAAACUUAUACGGCGUCUCAGAACCACUAGAAAGCAAGCCUAUUGUUGCUAAAUCACCAUUUGACCCACCAGACGCGCCAGAUACACCAAAGAUUACUGGAUACAGCGCAAACAGCUGCUCUCUCGAAUGGCAGCCACCAGCUAACUGCGGUGGCAAGCCCAUUACAGGAUAUUAUGUCGAGAAGAGAGAGCGCGGUGGCGACUGGGUGAAAGUCAACAACUAUCCAACGCCAAAUACCUGCUACACAGUUCCAGACCUCCGUGAAGGCAACCGUUACGAAUUCCGCGUAAUUGCUGUCAACGAAGCUGGCCCUGGUAAACCUAGUAAGCCUACAGAACCAAUUACAGCAGAAACACAGCGUCUUAAGCCGAGUGCACCUGAAGCACCUAAGCCCGAUAGAAUCACAAAGGAUUCUGUCACAUUGUCAUGGAGACCACCGAAGAGCGAUGGCGGAUCUAAAAUCAAGGGAUACAUCAUCCAACAGAAAGGCAAGGGUGAUAAAGAUUGGAAGGACGUCAAUGAUGUCCCUAUACCAAGCCUUGUACAUACGGUACCUAAGCUCAAAGAAGGCGCAGAAUAUCAGUUUAGAAUCAUUGCAGUCAAUGAUGUUGGAAGAUCAGAUCCAAGCAAACCAACCUCAGAUAUCACCAUUGCUGAACAGCCCAACAAACCUUGUAUGGACCUUGGUGGAGUCAGAGACAUCACAGUACGAGCUGGAGAGGACUUCUCCAUCCAUGUCCCAUACACUGGCUUCCCACAACCGACAGCAUCAUGGUUUGCUGACGAUAACUUGCUUGAUGUGGAAAGAGAUCCAAGAAUAUUCCAGAAAAUUACUCCAGAAUCCGCAUCGCUUGUUGUCAAGGACGCCAAGCGCUCUGACGGAGGACAGUACCGCUUACAAUUACGCAAUCCUUCAGGCUACGAUACGGCCACAAUCAACGUCCGUGUUCUUGACAGGCCUGGCAAACCAGAGAAUCUGCGCGCUGACGAAUUCGAAGGCGAAGCGCUCACGUUAUACUGGAACCCACCAAAAGACAACGGUGGCGGUGAAAUCACCAACUACGUGGUUGAGAAACGCGAAGCUCGCACGCCCAACUGGACUAAGGUAUCCGGUUAUGUCACCACUCCGUUCUUGCGGGUGAAGAACUUAACCGUCGGCAGGGACUAUGAGUUUAGGGUGAUGGCGGAGAACCAAUAUGGUCAAUCUGACCCGGCACAGACCACAGAGCCUAUCAAGGCGAGACAUCCAUUCGAUCCUCCUGGCCCUCCGGGAGUGCCGCGCUCCGUCGAGACUUCCGAGUCUACUAUUACGAUCACGUGGACGAAGCCACGUCACGACGGCGGCUCUCCUAUCACUGGUUACGUAGUCGAAAAGAGAUUGAUUACCGAAGACAAAUGGACCAAAGCAUCUCACGCACACAUUCCAGACACCACAUACAAAGUUAGUGGAUUGAUUGAGAACCAUGAGUACGAGUUCAGAGUGGCAGCGAUUAACGCAGCUGGCCAGGGACCGUGGUCGCAGAGCUCGGACGCUAUCCGUGCGUGUGCACCGCCCAACUCACCGCGCAUCACCAGCGACCUCAGUCUGCGCGACAUUACCGUCAUUGCUGGUGAAGAGAUCAAGAUCACUGUGCCCUUCACCGGCAACCCGAGACCAAAGGUUUCGUGGGUGGUGAACAAUGAGGAAGUUUUCCCGGACAACCGUAUACGCUUCGUCACCUCCGAUAUUGACACGGUCUUCCUGAACUCGAGCGCGAAGCGUUCAGACACUGGAUCCUAUACAAUCCAGUUAGUCAACAGUGAGGGUUCUGAUAGCGCCACUUGCAGGGUAUUAGUAGUGGACAAACCAACCCCACCAGUGGGACCGUUGGACGCAUACGACAUCACUCCGGACACGUGCACGUUGUCAUGGAAACCGCCGCUCGACGAUGGCGGCUCGCCGAUCACCAACUACGUCGUUGAAAAAAUGGACGGCAGUGGAGUAUGGAGCAAGAUCUCAUCGUUUGUACGCAACUGCCACUAUAACGUGAUUGGCCUGGAACCCAACAAGAAGUAUACAUUCAGGGUACGCGCAGAGAACCAAUAUGGUGUCUCCGAUCCACUCACCAUGGACGACUCCAUCACAGCCAAAUUCCCAUUCACGAUCCCGGAUCCUCCGGGACCGCCGCGUGUGGUAGAAUGGGACGGAUCGAGCGCAUCCCUGGUGUGGGACCGGCCGCGGUCGGAUGGCGGCGCGCGUAUACAGGGUUACAAGCUGGAGUACCGCGACGUGCAGGACGGCAUCUGGAACAGCGCCGACUACCUCGUCAAGGACUGCAAUUACCAGGCGUACAACCUGGAGCCGGGGCACGAGUACGAGUUCCGCGUGCGCGCCAAGAACGCGGCCGGCUUCAGCAAGUACUCGGCCAACUCGGCGCGGUUCAAGGUGCGGCCGCGCUGCGGGCCGCCCGCGCCGCCGCGCGGCCCGCGGGUCGCGCGCGUCGGCCGCAACUACGUCGACCUCAGCUGGGACCCGCCCGCCAGCGACGGAGGUUCUCGCGUAACCGGUUACAUAAUCGAGAAGCGCGACGUGGGUGGUUCCGUAUGGGUGAAAUGCAACGACUACAACGUACAGGACACCACAUUCACUGCCAUGAAUCUCGGAGAAAAGGCUGACUACGAAUUCCGCAUCAUCGCGGUUAACGCUGCCGGCAAAUCGGAGCCGUCGUCGUGCACGACGCCGGUCCGCACGGGCGAGGAGAUCGGCGGCACGAAGCCCGAGUGGGUGAAGCAGCUGCCGCCUCACAUGGCGGCGCCGCUGGGCCGCCCCUUCACGCUCGAGUGCGUCGCCACUGGCAACCCCGUGCCCACUGGCCGCUGGCUGAGGAACGGGCGCGAGGUCGUGCUUGGCACCAGAUUCAUUGCGGAGUCCCGCGAGGGCACGCUGAAACUGAACAUCCUGGAGGCGACGGACGCGGACGAGGGUGACUACACGUGCGAAGCGGUCAAUAACAUCGGCUUCAUAUACUGCACAGGACAUCUCAAGAUUGGAAACCCUCCGCGCAUCACCCGAAUGCCCGGUGAUCUCCACCUGCCCGAACACGACAACACCAAGAUCAAGAUCCUGUACACGGGAGACCAGCCCGCCGACGUCACACUCACCAAAGAUGGACACAAGCUCGUCGACUCCCCCCACCUCAAAUAUACCGUCUUCGAUGACUACAUACUCAUAUUUAUUAAGGACAUCAGCAAGGAUGAUAUGGGUGUUUACAAACUGACGAUCAAGAACAACUCCGGCGAAGUGUCAGACACGUUCUCCGUGACGGUGACCGGUCUACCAGGACCUCCGCAGGGUCCUCUGGAGACCACAGACAUCAGCCGUCACUCGUGUACCCUGGCUUGGAAGCCACCGACUUACGACGGCGGCCUGCCCGUAACGCAUUACGUCAUCGAGCGCAAUGACACGUCAGGCACGGCCUGGAUCACUAUCGCGUCAUCAGUUAGGGACACCAAGUUCACAGUACAGGGCCUUACUGAGGGACAUGAGUACAACUUCAGGAUACAUGCGGCUAAUGAGAACGGUAUUGGACCGGCUUUGGAGGGCGCCAAUCCGAUCAAAGCCAAAGCACCAUUCGAUCCCCCGUCUGCACCUGGAAUCCCGAAGAUUCUGGAAGUCGGCGGCGACUUUGUUCACCUGGAAUGGGACAAGCCGGAAAGCGACGGAGGCGCUAGAAUACAAGGCUACUGGGUGGACAAACGCGAAGUGGGCGCGUCGACAUGGCAACGCGUGAACCCCGUCCUAUGUCUGCCAAACCAGCUCAACUGCUCCAACCUGAUCGAGGGUCGGCAGUACGAGUUCAGAGUCACUGCUCAGAACGAGGCCGGCCUCUCGCCGCCUAGCACCGCCAGUCAACAGGUCAAGGUCGUCGAUCCCAAAGCUGCCACUCCACCAGAGAUCGUGAAGCCUCUAAAGAACGCGAACUGCAUCCAGUACCACAACGCCAAGUUCCAGUGCACCAUCACUGGCUCACCGAAGCCGACUAUCACGUGGUACAAGGGUGCUCGUGAAAUAACGAACGGACCACGCCACCGCAUAUGGAGCGAGGGUGACAAUCACUUCCUCACCGUGAUGGACGUGUUCGGCGAGGACGCGGACGAGUACGUGUGCCGUGCAGUCAACCGCGCCGGCGUCAAGUCCACCCGCGCUGAACUGCUCAUCAUGACUGCGCCGAAAUUGAACGUGCCGCCGCGUUUCCGCGUAACGGCGUACUUCGACAAGGGCGAGAAUGUGGUGGUGAAGAUACCGUUCACUGGCCACCCGGUGCCCAAGAUCACGUGGAUCAGAGAGGGGGAGACCAUCGAGUCUGGACUGCACUAUCACGUUGAAAGGAAAGAACGACACGCGAUACUAACCAUCCGCGACGCCAGCAAACUGGACUCGGGUCCAUACAGGAUAACAGCGGAGAACGAGCUUGGACAAGACUCGGCCAUUAUCAACAUCGAAAUUAGCGAUCGUCCUGACCCGCCACGGUUCCCAUCUGCGGACAACAUUGGCGUGGAUUCGCUGGCGCUCAGCUGGAAAGCGCCUGUAUGGGACGGAGGAUCAGACAUCACCAAUUACCUCGUUGAGAAACGAGAGCACCCUAUGUCCAGUUGGAUCAGGGUUGGAAAUACCAGGUUCACCACAAUGGCUAUCACGGGCCUGGUACCCGGCAAGCAAUACGAGUUCCGAGUGUACGCUGAGAACAUUUACGGCCGCUCGGACCCCAGCGAGACCACGUCCCUCGUGCAGACCAAGGCGGUCGUCAAGAAGGAAUUCAAGAAGAAGGAAUAUCCAGUGGACGAGACCGGUAAACGUAUCCGCAGUAACGCGGACCACGGCCCGGUCAAGGACUACGAUAGUUACGUGUUCGACAUUUACAGCAAGUACGUGCCGCAGCCGGUUGACAUCAACACGUGUUCGGUGUACGACAAAUACGACAUACUCGAGGAGAUUGGCACAGGCGCGUUCGGCGUGGUGCACCGUUGCCGCGAGCGAAGCACCGGCAACUACUUCGCGGCUAAGUUCAUACCGGUGAGCGGCGCCAUGGAGAAGGAGCUCAUAAAGAAGGAGAUCGACAUUAUGAACCAGUUGCACCAUAGGAAGUUGAUCAAUCUACACGACGCCUUCGAAGACGAUGAUGAGAUGGUGCUCAUCUUUGAAUUCUUGUCUGGAGGCGAGCUGUUCGAGCGCAUCACAGAGCCAGGCUACAACAUGAGCGAGGCGGAGGCGGCCCACUACAUGCGCCAGAUCUGCGAGGGAGUCCGCCAUAUGCACGAACAGAACAUCAUCCACCUCGACCUCAAGCCGGAGAACGUGAUGUGUCAGACCAGGACCGGCACUGAUGUCAAGAUCAUUGACUUCGGGCUAGCCACAAAAUUGGACCCGAACGAGGUGGUGAAGAUAUCGACGGGCACAGCCGAGUUCGCCGCCCCGGAAAUCGUCGAGCGCGAGCCUGUCGGCUUCUACACGGACAUGUGGGCCGUCGGUGUGCUGGCUUACGUCUUAUUAUCAGGACUGUCACCGUUUGCUGGCAAUAACGACAUAGAAACACUGAAGAAUGUGAAAGCAUGCGACUGGGAAUUCGACGAGGAAGCCUUCCAACACGUGUCAGAUGAUGCGAAAGACUUCAUUAGGAGGCUGCUCGUCAAAAACAAGGAGAAACGCAUGACAGCGCACGAGUGCCUGAUGCACAAGUGGCUGGCGGGCGACGCGGCGGCCGGCCGCACCGCCACCAUCGAGGCGCGCCGCUACGAGGCCAUGCGGGACCGGCUGCGGCGACGCUACGACAACUGGUCAUCGUUCGUGCUGCCGAUCGGCAGGCUGAGCGAGUACAGCUCGCUGCGCAAACUGCUCAUCGAGAAAUGGAAGAUUUACGACGGACAGUUCGAUCGCCGGCAAGCGGCGCCUCGGUUCGUGAUCAAGCCACAAUCUGCGUUCUGCUACGAGGGACAGUCUGUGAAGCUGUACUGCCGCAUCAUCGCUGUAGCGGCGCCCACAGUUACCUGGUCGAGGAACAACCACGAGCUCCGGCAGUCUGUCAAAUUCAUGAAGAGAUAUGCUGGCGACGAUUACUACUUCAUAAUAAAUCGCGCGAAGCUGGAGGACCGCGGCGAGUACAUCAUCAGAGCGGAGAACCACUACGGUUUCCGCGAGGAGGUGGUCUUCCUCAACGUGCAACCGGUGCCUAAAGUGCAGCGCCAGCACCUGGCCGAAGCCCCGCGCCGCCGCGAGCCGUUGCCGUACACGUUCUGGCAGGAGUCGAGCGAGACGGCGCCCGUGUUCACGUUCCAGCUGCGGCCGCGCGUCAUGCAGGCGCGGGACACCUGCAAGCUGCUCUGCUGCCUCAGCGGGAAACCCACGCCCACAGUCAAAUGGUACAAGGAUAAGAAGGAGCUGUCCAAAUAUGACUACUCGAUGACUCAUUCGGACGGUGUAGUGACGAUGGAGAUCGUGGACUGCCGGCCCGAGGACAGCGGCAAAUAUACUUGCGUCGCGACCAACAUCCACGGCACCGACGAGACCUCCUGCGUCGUCAUCGUUGAGGGCGAGGUGGUGUCUCCAGAGCAGGCUGCGCUUGCGCACAACUUCCUCUACUCUGGCGACCGGCGGUACAUCGAGAAGCCGAUCAAACCGGCACCGCCCGCCAUUAUCACAAAGACAAAGGUGACAAUAGACCCUCCACCAAAAACACAUGCAGCUGGCCCCCGACCCAAGUUCUCCCCGCAGACGUCGGUGGACCCUAGCAAGAAGAAAUACGGGGCCAAGUUAGACUCUGACACGUCGUCCAGAUCACGUAGUGCUACUAAGGAAUUAGUCUUGCCGGCGUCGGACGCCCAGAUGAGCGCGCCGACGUUCGCGCGCGCGCUGCCCGACACGACGGUGGCCCGCGACGGGGCGCCCCUGCUGCUGUCGUGCGCCGUGCGGGCCGACCCCGACCCGCGCGUGCAGUGGUACAAGGACGGCAAGCCACUGCACUCCUCCGAGGUUGUGGAUCUAAAAUACAAGAAUGGCGUGGCAUCGCUGGCUAUCAGCGAGGUAUUCCCUGAAGAUGAAGGCGUGUACUCCCUGAAGGCCAUCAACAGCCAAGGCGAGAUUGAGACCAAAUGUAAAGUCAGUGUUAAACCAAUGGAAAACAACGUGACGAGCGGUUCUCUUAAAUUGGGCGAUAAGCCACCCAGGAUUGUGGAUCACGCCAAGUCGCAGAUUGUCAACGACGGUGACGCAGUCACGCUCUCCUGCAGGAUAACUGGAGCAGAGCGUUUCGACGUAGUAUGGCUACAUAAUAACAAAGAGAUCAAGCCAUCCAAGGACUUCCAGUACUCGAGCGAGGCGAAUAUACACAAGCUGAGCAUCGCAGAGAUAUUCCCUGAAGAUGCCGGUGUAUACACAUGCGAAGCGUUCAACGACGCUGGCGAAUCAUUCUCAUCUUGCACGCUGGUGGUGACGGUGCCCGGAGAGACGCCCACUGCCCCGCAGUACGCCGCCUUCCCUGCCUCCACGACGGUCUCCGCUGGGGAGCCAGCCGUCUUCACCACAGAGCUGGAUAAGCCACCACUCCAGCUCCAAUGGUUGAAGGAUGGUAAACCCAUCGACGAGACGUCCUCUAGGUACAGGUUCACAAUGGAAGGCACCUCGCGGUACCGGCUCGAGAUCGCCAAAUGCAACAUUGACGACAACGGCCAAUACCAGGCCCGCGCUGUCGGCUCCAAGGGCGACUCUCAAGCUGCUUUCUACUUGAACGUUAUUGAUGUGUAAUACUCAUGGACUGACGUGGGACCCAAGUCAUUACCUUGUGGUACCCCCACAUUUUUUUCUCAAACUGGAUUAUGAUAUGAAUAUUUGCGUAUGGAUUACGAUUUUUAUACAAUUCGGAGUCAAAAUGUUAAAGGAGUUUUUUUUUUUUUAUAUAUAAAUUAUUUAUUAAUUUAUUAAGUAUCUUUAAGUGUUACACCCUAUCGAAUGCCUAUGAGAAGUCGCUUGGACGAUCGGAUCCUUGCUCUCUAGUCACUGUUAACUAUUUAAUGUUAAUUUAUUUAUUGUCGAAUUUAUCCACUGUUAAUUUCUCUUUUGUUUAUAAUUUUUAUUUAUCGUCCUGGCCUAACAGUCUUUAUUGCAGCUUCCUUUUUAAAAUAAGCUUGAAUUUAUCAAUGUUGCCAUGGAUUCCGGCCGAGUCACUAACGAACCGACCCUUUCUAUGAUAUUUUCUAAGCCACCACAAAAUAUCUUGGAAACGGUCAUCAGCGAGACGCGGCCAAAAUCCGUGAUAUUAUUUUUAUAUAAAUUUAACUGUAUUAUUUAAUUGUACAUAAUUAAUUUAUAUCAUGUGACCGCGUAAUUUAUAAAUAAAUAUGUAUAUCUUAAAAUAAUAAUAA